GACAUGGCAAAGAUUCCAGUUAUAGAUUUCUCAAAACUAGACUUGAUAAAGCCGGGCAGCCUCGAAUGGGAUUGGGUGAAAUCUCAAGUCAUGGGAGCACUGGAAGCGUACAAUUGUUUUGAGGCGUCGGUUGAUCGAGCCGUCGAGCAUCGAGAGCCGGUGUUUAGGGCCAUGGAAGAGUUCUUUCACUUGCCUUUAGAAACAAAAAGGCUUUGCGAAUCGGAGAAGCCCUUACGUGGCUAUUUUGGCCCUCCACCACUAGGGUUGCAUGAAAGCUUAUCGAUUGAUGAUGCACAUGUUGCUGAAAACCUUGAGCCCCUCACCACCACUUUGUGGCCUCAAGGAAACACAAGCUUCAGUAAAACAAUGGUAUCAUUCAUUCAACUUGUAUCGGAAUUAGAGAAGACAAUUAUGAGAAUGAUUUUGGAGAGUUUCGGGGUAGAGAAAUACACGGAUGAGCUCAUUGACUCCACAAAUUAUCAGCUAAGAGCCUUGAAAUAUGAAGGUCCAAACACCAACGAGCCAGUUGUUAUGUCCGUUCCGCACCAUGACCUCAACAUGAUCACUCUUUUGUAUCAAAACGAGAUUAACGGAUUGGGGAUUCAAACCGAAGCCGGCGAAUGGAUCGAUGUCAAGCCUUCACCGAACUCUAUAAUCGUCAUCAUCGGAGAAUCGCUCAGUGUAUGGUUAAACGGUAGAUUGUCUCCGACUCGUCACCGCGUCGUUACGACGGGAAACAGGGUCCGGCAUGUCGUCGGGUUGUUCGCGAGGACGAGAGGAGGCUACCUAGUGAAGGCUCCGAGUGAACUUGUGGAUGAUGAAAAUCCCAGGCUCUUCAAACCCUAUGACCACGAAGACUUCAUUGAACAUUUCUCCACCCAACUUGAUCAGGGAAACAGGACAAAUCUUAUAACUUAUUGCAGUAUCUAA